AUGUGUCCGCAUCUCCUGAAGUGGGGCUACUGUGGUAACGUCGAGUGUAACUACGCACAUCAUAAAGGUGAGCUGCAGAGCACUGAGGCUUUCGUGAAAACAAAGAUGUGCAAUAAUCCCGCUCGAUGCAGUUACGGCCAGAACUGUCGAUAUGCUCAUGACGUAUACUGUUACUGUUUUUUUUUUGUGAUGAUAUAUCACAACUUCUACACAAGAACAGAUCCACGAGCUUCAUCUUCUCUCGUAUCACAACUACCUCUCUACCAGUAUCACAACUUCUACACAAGAACAGAUCCACGAGCUUCGUUAUCAAGUCGUUCUGCCUCGUAAGUCGCGGCAGAGGAACGUCCCGAACUUCGGACAGCAACUUCGCACGAGCACCGCUCGCAUGUCCGAUGCCAGCUGCCUCAAGGACGAUGACGACGAUUUGAUGUGCUAUCCGGUUGCUGAUGAAAAGCAAGGGGAAUAUCUGACUGAAGCCCGCUUGAAACUGCUCGGUUUUGAUAAAAUCUACUCGAAAAUUUUUCCGGCUUCCGAGAAGGCGGAAGGGGAUCAUGAUGAUGCUGGAUUGCCGGAUAAUCAGGUACUAGAGUUGGAUGAAAACGAGACUGCUGAACCGGUUUGCGCUGAAGACAGUGAAGAUCGUGCAGUUGCCAUCAAGGGACGCAAGACUUUAUCUCCGAACAUCUUGCUACCGUGUCUCCUGAUUGACGACAGCGAUCAUGAUUCUAAAUCUACUUCUGUUGAUGUAGCAAAUAAGACGACGGCGCUAGCGGAUGAAGAAGGCAAGGCAAGAGACGAGCAUCCUCCAAUCGUAGAAGUUCAACUUGACGUCAUCAGAUUGCAAGAGGACGAUAUCGAGGAAGCUAUCCAAGAAGCUAUCCAAGAGGAUGAUGAGAAACCUCGUACUGCUGCUCCUACCACGACUCCCGUGUAUGAGGAUACGAAGAAUCAUGCACUAGUGCAACAAGAAGACCAACAAAAUAAGGCGGCGCAAAUCCUAAACGCUUUGUUAAUGCUUGAAGAAACGGAAGACGCAGAUGCCGAGAGUUCUAUGGUCUUGAGUGAAGACGUAGAUGACGAGAAAGAAGAAGUAGAUCCGCGUCGAUCUGUAGUACUCGAGGCUCCUGCGGAAGAUGAACACGCUGGUGAAGUACAGAAGACGGAACUGGAGAAAGAAGAGAGCAGUAUUUCUAGUAUGGAACUAGAAGUGGAGACGAGUAGGAUCAAUACCAACUUGCUGAAAGAGGAAGAAGCUAAGACCACUACGAUGAAGAAGAUUGAAGACCCGAUGCUUUCUGCGUCUUUGGUUCCUGCGGUUGAAGAAGUACAGCUUUAUUCGAAGGAGGCAGCUUGGAACAACACUGCGAUCGUGGAAGAUGAAUUCAUGAUCAACAGCAUCACUGUGAAGAAAGAGUUACACCAGGUAGAGCAAGAGCCAAAGCAUCAAGACGAGAAGAUACCAGCAGCCGCGACGAUCGCUUCUGAUGAUGUAGAAGUACUUCCUACUGAUGUUGUCGAUGGUGUUGAAAGUACGCUGGACCACGCGCCAUUGCCUGACCUGUUAUUCUGUACGGACAGCAAGCUGAUCAAAGACACGCCAAUGGAGUCGCUGGCUUCUACAAUUAAGGCUGAAAACGAAUAGGAACUUUUAAUGGUCCUCCAUCUUCUCACAACGGAAAAAAAACUAGUGAAGAAUACCCAAUUACUGACUGAGGAACUGAAUUUCAAUUUCUUGGAUGAAGAAACUCUUCUAAAACAAGGUUGCCGACCACAGUUGCUCAAUCAACUCUGACGAUGGCUGCGCAGUCUACCUUGACGAUGGCUGCGCAGUCCACUUUGACUAUGGUUGCACAGAGUACGUUGACGAUGCGCACAGAAGAUGACGUUGUUGGUGAGAAAAAGGAGGAGGCUGAGGCUCUGAAGGUGCACGAGGAGGAAACGAAGGCCCUCGCUGCAGACACUCAUGCUGAGGCCAAGGGGGAUGAGGAUGAGAAAGAAGAAGACAAAUGCAAAGUCCAGGAAACAGAAGACCUGGUGAAGACAACGCAGAUUUGUGAUGAUGCUGUUGCUGUUGAUAUGGAGAAGAAAGUAGACUCCUCCUUCUGCGUUACCGAUCACGUCGUAGCAGCAGAGACGGCUUCUGUCGUGCUACCAUUUUCUGAAGAGAGCUCUGAUGCUGCUCUGAUUGCUGAGAAGGAAGCGGAUACUUCUGCUGCUAAAAAGGAGGUCGGGGAGCAGGCUGAUACUACUACCAAAAACGCCUCUCCUCUUGACCAGAGUACUACCGACAACAUGCUACCAGACAGCAAAGACAAGGGCAACGAAGAAUCAGAGCAAAAGAAGCCUGUGACGAAGGGUCAGCGUGGAUACAACAAGACAAAUUCGACUGCGGGCGGACCGAAGUCAACAUCGAAGAUAAUUCCGCCGCCGCCUCCGCCGCCAAUGGGCAAUAAGAAUUUGCGGCGCCAGCUAUUCGAGAACAAAAAGCUCCGCUUCGAAAAUUGGCAACAGAAAAUGGGUACUUUUGUUUUAUUGUUUCGGGCCUGAGCAGACUUUGUGAGUUUUUGGAUGGGGAUGCGUCAGGCCCUCUUCAUCUUUCGCCGCCCCCUUUCAUUCUCGGCGGUCCGAAGGGGGAACCUUUGCCAAAAGUGGCGGCAGCAGUUGUCUAGCUUGCUAGCGAGACCGCGGGCCAAGGGCAUGAAGGCGGAUGGAUGCGAGCAGCCGUUCGUCAACGCAGUCGCGAGAGCCCUAAUGAGCCCCAUAGAGGAGAUGGUCCAGACUGAGGGCGCAGAGAGAAGCCGCGGGCCGGGCCGAACUGGAGCGGAAGCUAGCGAGUGUGCCGAAAAUGCCAGCCCUUACGCGAGGGUUAAAAUGCGCGGCAGGCACUUCGCCGGAAAGGGUGCGCACUCUGCCGGGAAGCGUCCGGCACUUUGCUGGGGCCGUAGGCUAUUAAAUUCACCCACAGCCCAGGGCCCCAAAAUAAAGCAACUGCGGACAAGGUCCCCCCCGGUCGCGGGCGGGCGGGGUGCCGUCGGCUUGGGCCGUGGCGGGGCCCCAGGGGUUAGCACUCAGCAAGCGGGGAGGGCCCUCCAAGUGCCCGCAUCGCAGCAGCAACGGACAGCGGGCCGCGCAGCAGCCCUGGCGCUGUCUUCGGUCAUUCAUAGAAGAGGGGGGGGCAAGGAGCACGAGUAGCGGGCUGGCCGGAGAGCCUCGCCGCGAGCGCCACGCCCGCAGACAGGGCGAAGAAGCUCCUUGCCCGACGUGGUUGGGCAUACUAUGUAUCUAAGGGAGGCCGCUGAUUUGGAGGUCGGGCAGGACUUGGAGCAAGUCACUGCAGGACGAGCUAGGCCAUCGCGCUGCUUCGAGCUUGACGCCGGGCGGAUCCAGUCCAUGUCUGCGCACGCACAGGGAAACGUCGGCGCCCCCUUUUCACCGCUUGCGCUGAAGCUGUGGGUUUACGGCCGCAGAGAACUCAGCGCUGCUGCUGAAUAAUUCAGAGGGUUGAGCGCGGGAGGCCAUGGCCAUCCAACUUACCCCCCCACGCCGUCCGGGGCGGGCCUCGGCUCUCCUCGCCCCGGGCCCUCGGGUGCAGCGUGAGAAGGCCCCGGAGCUCGCUGCGCCGCCUCUGCUUAGUGGAUUGGAAUGGAAAAAACACGCCAGCUGAACCGUGUGCCACAGGUAUGCGGAGGGUGGAACUGGAAAGACUAAAAAGUCGCGGACUUCACUUGAAGGCAGUGCUGUGACUGUGUUGGUGCAGUUUUUUGUUUCAAUUUUUCCCUUAUAAUAUAACUUUUGUCUGAUGAAUUUGAAUGUGCAGGCCCACCUACACCUAGCACAGUGAAUUCGACAGACAGUUUUUGAGUCAUCCAUCGAGUAUGGCUGUAUAUCUGAAUCCAGGUGCUGCCGCAGCUCUCCAGAGGACGGCUGCGGAGGGCGAUGUUGGUGUUUCUGAUUCUUAUCCUCGUUCGCUGGGCGUCUUACCUGGCUUCGACACAGCCUUGUUUGGAAGCACGAACAGUAAGUUUCCUCCGGGUCGGAUCUCGAAUAAGAUUAAGGCAGGUCGCCUUGGUGAUACUUCAUUUCUUGUAAGAGUUCAUUCAUUUUGCUCUGUCAGGGAGAAGAAGGGGCCUUUCCCACUGGGCGUAUAAUCUUUGAUAAUUCUAACAUCUAUGGCAAAGGACCGCUAGCAGGAGCUGGGACACUCAGUGCUACACUGCCACCGACAACUCCAACUGCGCUAGUGAGUGGCGCGUCACCGACUGGUCUAGGCUCUUGGGGACAAACCCCGCACAACAAGGCAGGUUUUGGUACUAUGGGCGCUUUUGGGGCUGCUGGGAAUGGUCCGCUUGGUGGUGCGUCGACGAGUGGCAAUAGCUACCAACAAAACAAAAGGAGCAAAAGCAGCGGCAAAAACAGUGGUUCAAAUGCUGGAGGGGCAGCUGUGUCUACUUCUAAAAAUUCAACUUCAUCUGGUACUGGUGCGUCCACGACAACGUUGAACUCAAUGGGAAACAAUUACUCAAACAAGUACAAGAACGACGUGAACAAUUCGCAUUCAUCACUUGGAGGAAAUGGAAAAGCUAGUGGAGGACGUGAAGGACCGUUUUCUGGUGGGCUUUUUUCUUCUUCAGCAAGUGGGCGCUACAGCGGAGCGAAAGCUAACGGCGGUAAGAAUACAACGAGUUUCAAUGCUGGCGGCGCAAGUAGUAACAACAACAAUUAUACUAGCACGGGACCUGGCACCUCGUCUAGUGCUGCAUAUAAUCAAGGCCUUUCUACUGGUGGUCGUGGCUCUAACAGUUCCAACAGUUACGGUGGUGCGUCUUCCGCCUACCACAAUCAACAAACGGGAUACGGCUCUCGUCCUUCGUUCCCGCAGGUGGACAGCUAUCAGCAUGGCAAUCAUCUUGGCAACAUGCGGAAGGACACAACAUCGACAUCGCUGCUCCAGCCACCUCCUCCUGUACAGCCUCUACCACCUCUGCGCUCUGAUAAUGAGCUAUCGAACAGCUUGCUGAACGUACCUCCUACAGCACCUAGCGGGGAUGAUCCUUCUGGUAUGUCGCAACAGCCCAUGUUGAUGUCCUCUUCAGCUUCCGGCACAUCAGCAAAUCACAAGUGGAUGACACCUGUUGGCGUUAUGGGUGUAGGGAAUUCAUCUCCAAAGUCAUCUGGAAGAACAAGACAAGGGAAAAAAAACGCGCUCAGAUGAUCCCUCAGAUGAAUCCCCUACACCUCUAAUGGCGGUCUCAAAGGUUCCACACCUGCGCUCCUCGGCAGCUCCCGGCACCCGGCGACGGGCUAUGGCGGGCCUUCUCCUUCGCUAGGCGUUCCUGCAUUGCUGCCAUUGUCGUCGCUGUCGCAGCCAGCACCCGGUGCUAGUUUCUCCUCUAUCCCACCAAAUGGAGAACCGUACAGCAACAGCAGCGCAUUUCCUACGGCGUCUUCAGCAGCUCAAUCGUCAGGCUUAAGCAGCUUUUCUGCAACAGUGAACAAUAUUAAUAUGUCCAGCAGCACAAGUACAACAAUUCUGCCACCUCCUCUUCCAGCAGCACAGCCACAGGCAGUUGCCGACCUUUUGUUUCCGACGAUUUCGAUGCAAAGCGUUGAAUCAACCGCGAACACGUUGUACCCUGUUGCGAACUUUGGCGAUAAAAAUACUAGUAGCAUCACUACAUCCGCUUGUUCUGGGUUAGGAUUAUCCACUUCGGGAUUCAACAACAAUAACAACGUCAAUUUCAUCAAUAUCGUUUCUUCCUCUGGUAGUGGUGGAGGUAUUCUCUCAAGCUCAACACAUCUUCAACAAGGAACAACAUCCGGAACUACAUUAGGAAAUCCAAUGCAGCCUGCAACAUCAUUGUUCCCAACCUGCAACUCAUCUUCUGCGAGCAAUAAUGCUACAUCUUCGUUAAACCAUCAGCUGCUGGCAUCAAGUGGCAGUAGUAUCGGAUUAAUGUCGCCGCCGCCCGAUGCGCUUGACAGUACGAGUUGUAGUGCGAUAAUGAAUCAGAAUCCGUCUUCUUGUGGGAUUAUGGCGACGCCAUCGCUUUUUCCUACCGUGUCGUCUAGCGUGGUUCCCCAGAGCGCGUGCCUUAACCAACUGUCGUCUCAACAGUUGUUAGCACCUAGUAUCAAUUACAAUCAGAAUAACAGUACUAGUUACAAUGACUACAGCAGUUGUGGGAACUUUAGUGGUACAACCUCCGCACCAGGAGUACUAAUGGCCAGAUCCAUGCCUCAACAGAGCUCUUUUGGUUCGUUUCUGCCUUUGGCUGGGUCAGAACAGCAGACCAUCAUGGGUGCGGACAAUAGUACACUUCUGCCACCUCCACCUUCACCCAUGUCUGGAGGAUAUCCACCUCUUGGAGUUCCAAACAACGCGAACGCAGCUGCUACUAGUCAUGGAGGUCGUGGGUUCAUCAACUCCAUCAUGACAUCCAACGCUGCUCUUCAAUCGCCAUUUUUUUCUGGUGCGGGUGGCCCACCGAUUGCCCCAGAUUUGCCUCCACCAAUCACAGGCCCUACAACGGUGUUAGGAGGCCCAUCGAGCAGUACAUUCUUGUUCGGAGGUUGCACUAACGCAUCAGCAUCUGUGGGUAUGGGGUUGAAGCCUGCUGGUGGCAUGGGGACGUCCUUACCAACACUAGGCUUCAACGGUCACACUGUGCCAGUUCCACCACUUCCUGCUUUCAACUUCGACUCCACUUGUUCUGGUGCUUUCAACUUCGACUCCACUUGUUCUGGGGGUUACAGUACCAAUUCUUUUUCUGGAGGUUUAGCAGGAGGACAAGGAGCAGCCCAUUGUGGAUCCUUCUUUCAGGAUUUCGCAUCUGCAGGUACCGGUGCUCCUGGCGCAUCUGGUACAACUGGUAUUACGUUCCCUGCUCAUGCAUCAGCGUCCUCUCCAGAUCUUGUUACUUGCCCAGAUCUUACUUGCAGUCAUCAACUCGGAACUAAUACAACCUCAGUUUUCGGCGUCACUGCUCCGUUUCCGCUUCCACAUCCACUGGAAGGAUCUGCUAAAACACCUCCUCUGAACAUGCCAACCGCUCAACAAACUCAUCAACAAGGAAGUGAACAACAACAAUCUCCUGGAACCUACAACAAUGUCGCAGUUGUUGACGGCGAGCUGCCACUCCUCACUUGCGGGGAUAUGUGUCUACAACCGUUUGUCCAACCUACGAACAGUAAGGCGAACAAGCCGUGUCCAAGACAUUCAACGACUGGAGGACUAUUUGUAGGUGCUCGUCAGUCCAACACUUCCUUAACAGGGGGUGCUCCUGGGCCACGUCACUCUGGAACUAUCAUUAAGGCUUGAGGAAAUCUAUCUUCCCCAGCAUCUCAGUCCCGUUAGUUUGGCAAGGGAAGACGGUCACUGAGAUUCUCACCAAGAUCGAUCUCUACAAGGUCCAAUGUCAACCCUAGACGAUCUACUCAACUAGGCGGUCCAGCCAGGAACUCGCAUUCUUCUCACUGCAGUUAUGGCGCACGCGGAUCAGUGUCUAGUAUCGCACGAGCGUCGGUCUAUACCGCAGACCACCUGUUGCAGAGUAGUCCCGGCAGGAGGUCCAUCCGAAAUGGGUGUCCCUUGACACCACCAACACCGCAAGGUGACAGGAGAAACAGUGUUUGAGCUAUAGUUCGUGUUUGAUUUCAUAACUGAAGGAGAUAGAAGAUACAGUUAUAGUUUUGAAGUACGUCGGGGAGAAGAACGUAUUAUACUUCAUACAUAGAAAAAAAGACGCACUAGAACUAUGAUCGUAAUGAAAGCUGAGAAGUAGUUUUGCAUAGUAGAUUUUGCGACAUUGAACUUGAUGUAGCUAGUGUACUAAACGAAUACAUUUUUUAGUAGUUUCAACUUAAUUCAUCAUGAAAAAUGAAGUUCGUUGUCACGUCAAAUGUGAUGUUUUUCAGAAGCACUAUCGUGAUUUUGGUUAAAUUGGACGACCUAGCUUACUAGGUUGCACAGAAGAUGUUUCGAAAUACAAUUUUGUUUCGCAGGACGUCAAAAUCAGGCUAAUCUCAUUGUAUAGUUUCUGAGUAUUUCUAUUUCCUUUUUCCUCCAUCUUAUCCGUAUAAAUAUCUAUCAUUUGAUAUUCGUUUUAUUUGGUUUUCGUCGUGAAAGAAGUUGUAACUGUAAGUAGUAUGAGUUGAUUUCUAGUAGUAGGUGCACACUGUACGUACAGGUAGAGAUUUCGAUUGCAUUACAUCUGGCUGUCGAUCGUUGAGAAUUUCCGAAUGCAGUCUCAAAUUUGACCGGCCGAGGUAGAUGGAGAGCGAGUCCAAAUGCCACCGUCUAGGAUCUGAUGCGCAUCGAAUUAAGGUGUGAAUAGUUGAAGAAUGCUACGAACAAGAACUACAACUACUUCGGCAGGUACAGCUCAGGAGGUCAUCUUCGAAGAAGCAACGAGUAUGAUGUACAGUUUGACAAACAUCGUGGGAGUUGCACAUUUUGACUACUAAUAUUCAUUGAACAUUCAGUAUAAACCUAGAAAUUUCCAAGAAAUAUGACGCCUUUUAUGCUCAUUAUCGUACUUUUUGCUGUUUCGUAGAGAAUUCGACAUGAUAGACAGAUCUACAUUUAGAUCAUCACAAGAACAUAAACUAAAUUCGCAACAUUCAUUUGUUUCCUGUAAGCCUUAAUUCAUUAUCAUUUUACUUACAGCAGAGCAUUCCAGUCCGAUGUAGCUCCCGCAGUGGGUUUCUUUAAAUCACGACGGCAGACUUUUAUUUUUGCGUACAUAUCAAAGCACACAGACAUGUUUGAAAGAGGAUUUUCGAUCUCAAAUUGUAUCGUUUCGUAAAAACAGGAAAAUUUUGUACUAGCACAACAUCAAUAAAAUCAAAAUUAUCUUCAGAAGAAGACGUUGAUCCGGUUGUAUAGUGGCCUUGCGACAUCAUGACCACUGGACCUGUACAGCAAAUCAUGACCACCGCAAAGAAAAAGAUGAUGAUGUGCAGACUGUGUUUUUUC